AGGCAUCGCCCGCAACACGAACCCACGUGAUCAGGCGUCUCAAUGCUGCCUGCUUAGGAAAGAUCGCGUCCCCCGGAUUUUGUAUGAAUUAUCGCGGCGGAUCAAUGCAUGAAAUAUGGAACCACCGGGCGAGACGCCUACUGACGAGGUGCCAUCCACUUCAAAGGAAGUGUCCGAUGAAUAUGCGACAUUGAAAUACCAGUUAUUAGGUCCCUCCUUGACCAAGGCAGGUCAGGAUGCGGUAGACCAGCAGAAGGUAUCGGAAAUAAUAUACAACGCAUCUAAAGGAUCGAAAUUCUUUAAUCAUGAGCAAAACCGCGACCGGAUCCUAACGGAAAAGAUUGAGCGCAUCUUAAAAGAGAAGAGCCGUCUUGAAAAUCUAGAUCUGUCUCACGACCUACGGAGGGCGGAUCAGCUUCUAGAUGAAUUGGAACUCAGUCGAGACUUGUCGCAAUAUAUCGUCCACGUUGACUGCGAUGCUUUCUUUGCUGCAGUCGAAGAACUGGACCGGCCGGAAUUGAAAACCGUCCCUUUUGCGGUGGGCAGAGGAGUCCUAACUACCUGUAAUUACGAGGCUCGAAAGUUCGGCUGCCGAAGUGGGAUGGCCUCAUUCGUAGCCGUGAAAUUGUGUCCGCAGCUCAUCUGCCUCCCCAUAAACCACCAGAAGUACAGUGCAAAGGCGCAGGAGAUUCGCGCUAUCUUUGCCCAAUACGACCCGCUCUUUGAAAGUGCUAGCAUAGACGAGGCAUACUUGAAUAUAACCGCCUAUUGCACGGAAAACCAAAUCGAUCCGGAAGAUGCUGUCAAUCGCAUGCGAGCGGAGGUAUUGGAGCAAACGAAAAUCUCCGUGUCUGCUGGCAUCGCAGCGAAUGCAAAGAUCGCCAAGAUCGCAUCGAACCGCAACAAACCAAACGGCCAGUUUCGCGUCCCUAACGAUAGAGAUGCCAUUCUGGAGUUCAUGAAAGAUCUACCUGUGCGAAAAGUCAAUGGCGUUGGGCGAGUCUUUGAACGUGAGCUGGAAGCAGUUGGAAUUAAAACCUGCGGCGAUAUACAUCCUCAACGCGCACUGUUGGCCAAGCUGUUCGGCGAAAAGGCAUUCCAUUUUCUGGCCCAAUGCUACCUUGGGCUAGGGAGAACAAAGAUUCAGCCGGUGGAAAACUAUGAGCGAAAAAGUGUCGGCACUGAGAGCACGUUCAAUGAAAUGGGCGGGAAGGAGGCUCUCAGAGAAAAGCUCUGGGCGAUCGCCCAGGAGCUGGAGAAAGACCUCACUCGGACUGAAUUCAAGGGCCGCACGUUGGUGCUUAAAGUGAAGUUGGCUACAUUCGAGGUUCUCUCCCGACAGUGCCAACCACCCCGAGCAGUGUUCUUGGCUAACGAUCUCUACACGUUCUCCCUCCCAAUGCUAGAAAAGCUCGAGAAGGAGAUCCCUAACAUGAAAUUGCGUCUUCUCGGCCUUCGCUGCACCAAUUUGGUAAGCACCAAGAAAGGGGGAAUUGAUUUCUUCGGUUGGGCCACGCGUUCCAAACCUACUGCUGAGUCGACUUCGGAUGCAGCUGAACAAGAGAUCAGUGCGGAAGAAGCAUUUGAGAGAGCUGCCCGCCAGGAGAUACAGGAGGACAUGAACGACCUGGAGAAGCUCAGCCAGGAAGUAUCUGAGCCCAACGAAGUGGAUCAGUCUGAAAAGAACCCUGCCACCCCGUCUGAAUCACAGCCUAUGUAUUGGGAUUGCCCAGUUUGCUCAAAACCACAGGUUGCGGAUGACCGAGUAUUCAAUGAACAUGUCGACUACUGUCUCUCAAAACAAACUAUUAAGGAAGCCAUACAAGGGGCUUCACAAGAUGCCGAGCCUGUACCACCAAAAUUGCGGAAGAGGAAGGGCACAUCGCAGGAGCCUGUUGACCCGCGCCAAAAGCGACUGUUCUUCACAUGACCCGGUUAUCUCCCGAGGAUAGUGAUCGAAUAUUCGUAACCUGAGCAACAUCAUGAUCUUUUGCAGAGCAAUAGGCACUCUGUGGGGUCCAUCCAUCCAAAGAAUUACCUCGUUUCCGAGAUUUCUUGGAGAAAACUGUCUGACUAUUGAGUGCGUAGGUCGGACCCCAUCUGCCAUCUUGCUGUUUUGGCUGUGAUACAGUUGGAAAAAGGAGUUCCCCAUAAGACAUUUUGCCGGCCAAGACGAGGAAAGCCUUUCAAUAUAGAUCUCAUCUAAAGCCUGGCAUGCUAGUCGUAUAUCUUCCUUGCAUGGCUCGCCUUUGACACGCUAGCCGCCGAUCCCGCACUAUUGGC